CCCAACUACCAAAAUAUCACAAAAAUACUCUCCAAUCUUACAAAAUUAGUUAUAGUAUUCCAUGAACUGUCAUUCUGACAAUUCUGCAACAUAUGCAAUUUGUAAGACUUCUAACCCUUACAUUACUAGUCGCGAGUCACUUUGUAUCUUCGAAACAUCUUCAACACAAGGAGGUGGCUAGACUUCUUCAAAUGUACCAUCCCUUUCUAAAAGACGAGCGACUAACGAAGAGCAUGAAGUCGUUGCUUUACGGAACCGAACGAUGGAAACUAGAGAUGUUGGACACUUCGACUUCAGAAACUAGUGCGAAAGAAGAAGUGGAUCUGCAGGGUCUUGAUACUACUAACACCACGGAGUCCAUGGAGUGGUACAUUCUGAGUGGUGGGCAGACGACGCAAUCAAAGCGCGGGAAGAAGAAUCGAAAGAAGACUACGACUAAGAAGACUACCACAGUCGAGACCACAGUACCACCAGUUUUGUAAUAAUAAAACUUAAAAUGAA